AUGUGUCGUGUGAUGUGACAGCUGGCAUCGGUUGCGCGAGGAACAUUUUAUAUUCAACUACGUGGUAUACAAUUUUGCCGCUAUAUAUUGACCGCAGGAAGCUGAUACCGAAGAGAUCUUUAAGAAGGAAGGUGUAUCCAAAAUUGCACAUGGAACUUGUGAGUUAUGCGAAGCAAUUGAUACUAUUAAGGUUCAUUGGUCAUAUGAAGUUUGCACACGUCAAGCUUGACAUCCUAAAGAUCACAAUGCAUUCUGAAAACGAUACCGUGCAGGUUCGUUGGCGUAUACGUGGUGUCAUCACAGGCUGGAAGAUGGUACGACGGCUUUUUUACGUUAAUGCUGAAUGGAAAAGUCUAUAAGCAUAUUGCGGACAAGAUGAUGCCUAAUC